AUGCUCGGUUUUACACAAUGUACAAACACCACCGAACGAUAUGCGCUGGCCAGUAAAGCACGUUCUAAACUGCUCAGCUGCGCUGCGCAAUCCAAGAAAAAAGAAUUGAACUUGAGAGUUCUUGUUGGCCAUGCUAACCUGCUGGACAGAGUCAUGGAGACAAUUCACAACAGUGAGGAUAAUAGCGGCGACGAAGAAGAAGAAGAAGAAGGUUUACACGAGGAAGCGGAAGAAGGUGAACUCGACUAUGAUCAAAUGGACGAACCUGUCGUUCUUGUUGGUGGCAGGAGCGAAGAGUCGUCACCCAAUUACAUAACCGGGCCUCCUCACGUGACUUUCACGCUGCCGGCAGCUCCACAACACACCAUCUACGAGUACAACAGCGACAGCGACAGCGAAACCGAAAGUGAGAGUGACAGCGAAAUCGAGAACGAGAAUUUCAGCGACGACAGCAGUGAUUACGAUGACUACGGUAUUUACAAUGACAGCGAGACGGAGCUAAAGCGUUUGCGUGCGAAAAACAGCGAUUAUCUGCGCAGACCAGCCACUUACACUCUAGCUCACGACGAAAAUAUGACGAAACCAUCAAGUGGAGAUUUGCUGCUGGUGUCAAUACCAGAGGAGAACGAAGAAGGCGAGGAAAUGAACGAAUCUGCUCCGCGCCAAUUGGCCGUGGUAUGA